GGUCCAUUUCAGCCAAGUCUUGUCCCCCGGGCUCCCAGUUCCUCCUGCGCCCAACACAGCUCCGCGUAACCCACUUUUUCAUUUGGCUUUUUUCAGACUUAAAAACAGCUCCGACACCUUGACAGGAAACUUUUACCGCGCGCCCAUUCCCAUCAUUUUUUCCUAUUUCCCCCCACUCCUCCCUUUUGGAUUUGUUUCUACAAAGUUUUGAGACUCUUUUUUUUUUUCUCCCCCACUUUGCAUGUGGAUUCUGAACCAUCCGGAGCUGUGUUUUUUUUUUUUGUUCUUUUUCUUUAAAUUAAUCAGUCCCUUUGUGAGAAAGCAUCUGUCCCGCUCGCAGGGCGGCCGGCAUGAGGGAGGUCGUGGUCGUAAACUGAGCACGAAACAAAAGAGACGCGGGAGCAUCGCCUGCAUCCUCGCUUUUGUCUCCGUCUCAUCUCUGCGCUCUUGCGCAACAGUCUCUGGGAUGUAAGGGGCCACCAAAGAACUGUGGGGUUGUUGUUGUUUUUUUCUUCCUUGUAUAUCCACAAGGGAAUUAACACUUCCACUCCACCGCGAGGGGAAACGAUGGCGAGGUUGUUGUUGUUGAACGCGCGUCUCGCCCUGGUUCUGUUCGGAUUAUUCCUGCUCGCUUCUCCAUCCGCACGGGCCGAGCCGGAGCAGCAGCCGCCGGAGGAGGAGGAGGAGGAGGAGGAGAGCUCCUGCCAGGGCGCUUUCGACCUCUAUUUUGUGCUUGACAAGUCUGGCAGUGUGAAGAAUCACUGGGAUGAAAUCUACUACUUUGUGGAGAAUUUAGCGGAAAAAUUCAAAAGUCCAAUGCUGAGGAUGUCCUUCAUAACCUUCUCCUCCAGAGCCUCCACCAUCAUGAAGCUGACGGAAGACAGAGUGGACAUCAGAAAGGGGCUGAACGCUCUGAAGAGGGAGAUUCCGGGUGGAGACACAUUCAUGGCCCUUGGAUUGCAGCGGGCAAAUGAGCAGAUAUACCAUGAGAACUUUGGCACGGCCAGCGUGAUAAUUGCACUGACAGAUGGCGAGCUGCAGGAGCUUCAGCUCAUCACUGCACAGCAAGAGGCAGAGAGAGCCAGGUCUCUUGGAGCUAUCGUGUACUGUGUUGGUGUCAAAGACUUCAACGAGACGCAGCUGGCCACCAUCGCAGACACCAUCGAGCACGUGUUUCCCGUCCUGGGCGGCUUCCACGCCCUCCGAGGAGUCAUCGAUUCGAUCAUCAAGAAAUCCUGCAUUGAAAUUUUGGCGGCUGAGCCCUCCAGUGUGUGUGCCGGAGAGUCUUUCCAAGUGGUGGUGAGAGGAAACGGGUUUCUCCACGCCAGAAACAUCGACCAGGUGCUCUGCAGCUUCAAAAUCAACGACACCAUUACCAUCAAUGAAAAGCCGGCUGGGGUCGAAGACACAUUCCUACUGUGUCCAGCUCCUGUCAUCGAUGAGGUUGGAAAGGUGAUUUAUCUGCAAGUGAGCAUGAAUGACGGUCUGUCCUUCAUCAGCAGCAACGUGCACGUCACCACCACAGAGUGUUUCGAUGGCACCAUUCUCCUCAUCACCCUGCUGGUGCUGUUCCUCCUGUUGGCCCUGCUCUUCAUGUGGUGGUUCUGGCCUCUCUGCUGCACUGUGGUGAUCAAAGAACCCCCUCCUCCACCUCCUCCCGAGCCUGAGUCCGAUGAUGAAGAUGGCCUGCCUAAGAAGAAGUGGCCCACUGUGGACGCUUCAUACUAUGGGGGGCGAGGAAUCGGAGGAAUCAAGAGGAUGGAGGUGCGCUGGGGAGGAAAGGGUUCGACCGAGGAGGGGGCCAAGCUAGAGAAGCCGAAGAACGCCGUGGUGAAAAUGCCGGAGCAGGAGUACGAACCCUUCGAGCCCAAACCCAAGAAAUCUCACAACAGGAAGCCUGCUCAGAACCGGAAGUGGUACACGCCCAUCCGGGGUAAACUGGAUGCUAUCUGGGCUCUGUUUCGCCGUGGGUACGACCAGGUCUCUCUGAUGAGACCCCAGCCCGGGGAUCAUGGUCGCUGCAUCAACUUCACAAGAGUGAAGGACGAGUCAGCAGCGGCAGCCAAGGCCGCACCUCGCAGCCCGAUCCACACGCCCUCGCCCCCGGCGCCGGACUACCGCCCCGUGACCAGCACCGCCUCCUCGUCUCCCACCUCCAGCAGCCCUCCGGCCAGAUCACCCCCGGCAGGUCAGGUGCUCCCAGGGCCGCCGCCGGCCCGCACGCCCCCGGGGCUCCCCUGCCCACCACCGUCGCGUCCCCCGCCCAGCCUCCAUCCCUGAAUCUCAUAGACAAACCCCUCUCCCGCCCCCUCAAACACACUCGCUUUGAUACACAGACUUGCCGCUCUUCUUGACCAGUUCUUUCAGUCUGAAGGCCGUGGACCUCCCUGUCAAAGACGCUCCUGCUAUAUGCCAAAGAUUUUCGAAUCCCAGUCAUGCUGUGUUCCUCUUCUUGUUGCAAGGGCGCGUCAUGUUAAAACUGUCAGAUGAUAAUUUAGUUGUUUCACACAUGGCAUAGAUCAAAACUGUUUGAACGCCACGGAAAGUUGUUGUAAAAAGUGACAUUUUUACUAAUCUGUAAGUCCACUUAGUUUUAAUGUGCCAACGUUUUUUUGAAUCCUUGAGAAAGGGAAAUUGUUUUUUACAGAGCGUCGACCUGUUUGACUUCAUGUCCCGGUCCAUACAGGGUGAAUGGGCUGAUCCGGAGAAAUACUUUUACUUUGUUUUAGGAGGAUUGUUGCUGGACAGCAAAGCAUGUCGAGGACAGGAAGUCCACAGAAGAAUAUUGCAAUGGAUGAAAUUUCUUUGUUGUUUUUUUAAUCAACUACUGAGUCAUGCCAUUGUUAUUAAGAAUUAAGGUGAAGAGUAGGUCGCACAUGGAAAUCUGUGUAACCAGGUUAAACUUUGAGCAGGUUGGAUUGGCUUUGCUCCUCCAUUGCGGUGAGGUUUUGGGGAAUUGUAUUUUUCCAAGCAAUUUCGAUCGAUCCUGUUGUUUAUAGUGUUUAGUGGCUAAGAAAAAAAGGCAACAAUGGUUUAGGACAUUUGCUCUCAGUGAUGUGUUUUUUUCCUUCACUUUUUUGUUUUGGUUUCUUUCAUGCAACGACAUGCUAACCCGACAGAUUCCAACCCCUUCCAUACAGAAAUGAUGCAGUCACAGAGUCAGGGAAGUGUACAGAUGUUUUAUACGGAAGGUUUGUUUUUAGGUUUGAGAUGCUACGUCUUCGAGGCUUUGGAGUUUGUCCUUGACACCCUUUUCAUGUAGUUGAAUUUCGAUUACAGCAUUAUAUAUUUGUUAUGUUUUUUUGGGGGGUGGGGGGGUAUCUGCGCACAUAGACUGCUGGGCAACCACAGUAGGUAUUUGUUUGUUAGCAUUUGGGACAUUUAUGAAACGUAUGAAAUCGAGCAACCAGGUUAACAUCUCUCAUCACCUUUUUUUUUUUACUUUGAUACCAUUAUGUGUGUUUUAUGUCUUGUCAGUUUUAUCAUCACCGGUCACAUUGCAGGUCACAUUGCAACUGCGGGGCAGUUCAAAGAGCAUCUAAUUUAUUUUACUCCCCGAGAGAAAUGGAGGAGAGUACUUGAAUAUCGACGCGGUGUCCAACCACCGAGACGGACACUAUGCGCAGAAUCUAUAAACACAACAGCUAGCCAGUAACGAGUCAUAAAUAAGGCUUACCAGCAUUUUUCUCAACCCCUCAGCUACUCUGAAAAACAUUCGCUGAAAGUGAAUGUGAUCCAGUAAUCAUUUUAUGUUGAAUCAUUUAAAUGAAACAUUUAAAAUGGUGUGAAUGUUGGUGCGCAUUAUGUCUCUAUAGUUUUCUGAGCAGCCAAAAAGAUGCCACAAGUGACUACAUACUAAUUAAGGAAAAAAUGGGGAACACAUAGAUCCAAAUCUCCAAAACUGAACAAUAAAGAAAUAUGAGAUUUUUGACGUCAGGAUGUAGAAAAUCUGUUGAAAAAUGUUGGUAUCACUUCUGUAUCCGGUGCCUUGUGGAAUUCGCUUCCUUGAUUUUUUUUUGCAGAUUUUUUUUAUACUUUCUUAUUAUCGUACAUCAUUCAGUUAUGUCCUGUACCGUUGUGUCACCACAUGCAUUCGUAAUCAGACUAGGUGUCUUAAAAGCUCCACCGCUGAGCUAAAGGAAAGAUCAGUAUGUGGAUUUUUUUUUCACAAAUUACUAUUAUCCACAUUUUCAUUGAAAAUGCCUCUUAAUCUCACUUGAAGUUUUAAUUGGCGUGCUGGAGCUUAUAAUAGCAUGGUGCGUAGAACAACGGUCAAAUUAAUUGUGAUACAUCGCUUUUAUAACCAUACACAAAAUGAAUUUGUGAAACAUUCAACUUGAAAGUUUGGUUAAAAACACAAUUUUGCCUUGGUCUCAGCAGUGCAUCUUUUCUAAUUUUGCUCUAAUAAUAAUAAUAAUAAUAAUAACUCUGUUAACACCCAAGAAAGAAUGACAUUAUAAAUGUAAGAUCAUUGCUUGAAAGGGAACUUCUGCAGUUGUUAUCGCUGUCAGAUCUGCCAUCCUGAGAUGAGUGGAGAUGCAUCAUGUAAACCAGUGUAUAAACAGCAGUACUGAAGCAAAUAUGAAAGACGUGUAUGAUUUUCUUCGUUGCUUGACAUGACCUUUUUUUUUUUUUUAAACAGUAUCAAUAAAGGUUGACUUCCAAGCUUC